UAUUAUGUACAAUUUGUUUUCGGUCUCCGUUUAACGUAUUUUCGUCGACCGGUUCUCGUAAUCGAUCGGUCUUGCACACUGCACACCUACCUGACAAGUGCCAAUAUUAUUUGAUUUCUUCGUAGCUCUUCACUCCUAAAUCGUCGUCGCGACUAUAGUUAUUGUUCCCAGCCACUUGUCGGCCGGCUAAGGAGCGUACCACUAACUUUUUUUUUCAUUCGUCCAUCAAUUCUCGAUUUUUUAAAAUUUUGAUUCUGUUCGAAUUUUGUCGCUACCGGCCUGCACCAAAGCACGAAAGUUUAUUCAAUGUCUUCAAAAAAAUUAUUUUCCGUCAACGACAAGGUCUUUGUAAAACGACGAGCAUAUCCUGCCUGGCCUGCUUUAAUAAUUGGUAUUAAAUCUAACACUGAAUCAGAAGUAAUUUAUACUGUAUAUUUUUAUGGAACUGGUAACUACGGAGAAUGUAAAGCAAAUUCACUCUGUCUAUAUGAAGAAAACAAAUAUAAACUAGCUAAGCCCCGAAGAAAACAAAAGAAAUUCAAAAAAUUAGCUGAAGCUCUCGAAUUAAUAGAAAAUGAUACCAAAAAUGAUUUUGUCCCUGACAACAAUGUUGAAGUAUUUAUGCAACCAAUUUCAACAACUAAUAUAAAUCAAGAAUUAUCUUUAGAAGAUGAAUCCAAAAAUGUGAGUAAAAUUGAAAAUCAAAGUGAAUAUAAUUUGAAAACUGAAGAAAUGUUAACUUAUGAGCCCGUUAAUGAGUCAAGUUCAUCCAAAAGUAUAAAGGUUGUUUUAAGUAAAAGGGUAUCUAAUUCUGCAAAAAGAAAACUAUCUGAUGUCACAAAUGAAAAAGUCCCGAAGAAGCUUACAAAAUCAAAAAGUUUCAAGCCUAUAGAUAUUCAACCUAUAGUAUUGUUGGAGCCAUUGAAUGAUGUUUAUUUACAAAGAAAACUUAAUAGAAAACUGAAUUUUAAGACUGCUGAAAAAAAUGUUACUGCCAAUGAACAAAUUUCUGAAACUCUAAAUACUACUUCAUCUGUACUUGAAUCCAGUGACGUCUCAUUAAAUCACUGUGAAACUGCAGAAUCAAUAACAAUAAAUGAGAGUGUUCAGUCAGAUUUAGGUCGUAUAUCACGCUUUGGUCGUAAAAUCAAGCCAAACAGAUUGUCUGACCAUGACUUUGUCACCAGUGUGCCAAAAAAUUUAAAGUUGAAGAAAGCAGAUUCCAAAGGUUUAAAAACCCUUAAUUCCGACAAUAAUGAAAUUGAUGAUUCUUUAAAACAAAACGUAAAAAGUACAGAUUCAAGCACUAAAGCAAUAAAGAAAUUGAAAAAUAAUGUAACGUCAAUACCCGUAUCAAUACCAUGUUCACUUGACAGUGUAUCCAAAAAAAUAUGCUUAGUGAACAACAGCCUGCAUGAGAGAAAUCCACCAAAUAAUUUGACUAAAAAUAUCAUGGGUUCUUCAUCAAAUGUUGAAGUUGAGUGGAAACAAAUGGAAUCAAACAAAGCAGUUAAAGUUAAUUUGCUACUAACAGAAGUAAAUUUGCUUGAUUGUGUUAAUAAAUUAAGCUCUGCUUUAUCAAUAAACUAUAGAAAAUUAAGUUAUGAAAUGGCGUUGAAGUCAUUGGAAGAGAUCAGUGAAUUACAAUUUAAUGCUCUUAUGUUAAUAAAACAUAGAUGUAUAAUUGAUAAAAUUACAAAAGUGACAAAGUAUGUAGGUGAUGUGAAUAACUGGUCCUUAAGCGAUCAGGAAGCUAUUGAACAUGUUGAUAAGGCGCACCAAAUUCGAUGCAAAGCUCGAAAGGUAUUAAACAAAUGUAUAUCACUGUUCACUUUAACCGAUGGAAAAACAUUCCAAGAGAUAUACAACCAAGAAGUCGACAUGUUUAUUGCGAAGACUCAACAUUUGUCUAAUGAUCAGAUUUAUGGUUGUACCUCAGAUAAAUUGUACAAAUAAUUUCUUCUGCAAACAAGUGGAAAUUGCAAUAAUGAUUUGCUAUAUUUUUAGUUUUCCAUUAUUAUUAUUAUAUACAGUUUUGCAUCCAUAAGUAUUAGUUUUUUAUUGUAAUUACCUACAAUAUUUAAUAAACACCAAGCUACGUCUUUUUUUCCAUUAAGUAAUAAUUAAUUUAAUACAUUUUAAAUUGUUUGCAAAUCUUUAAUAUUGUAUGUUUGUUAUUUAUUAAUUUAUUAUAUUUUACAUUUAGCAUGUAAAAAUCUAUGCAGACAAAAAAUAAUAUUUUAAAUGUAUUGAUCAUAAUAUAGUAUCCAAUUUUUAUUAUGAUUCUAAAAAGUAUAAAUUAUAAGAAUUUCUUAGAUAAUUACUAUUUAAUAGUUCAAUAAUUAAUGGAAAAAUGUAGUAUUUUGAGUUAUUAAGUAUUAGAUAUAUUUCAAUUUUCACCUCUUCAAAUCUAUCUUUAAAUCUAAUAAUUAAUAUAAUUAUAACUUAAAUGAACUAUAUUAAAUGCUUCAAAAAUGUAUUUGUUUAUGACAGUGACACUAUAUUUUGUAUUAUUAUGCUAGCAAAAAAUGUUAAGUUUAAGAUUAUCAUUUAUCACAUUGCCUAAAGGAACUAAGUACAACAAUAAACAGAU